CAAAGAAGCUAAAAAGGGCAAAGAACCCAAGGAAGGCAAAGGCGAGGAAGAAGCGAGGGUUUUCAAAGGGUUUAAGGAGCUGAAGAAAGCAGCCAAGGCGGCAACGGAGGUGGAGAAAGCGUGGGAGGUGUACCGGCAGAUGAAGCAGUUCGCCGAGCUGGUGCCGUCCCGAGGGAUACAGGAGGAGCUAUGGGGCGUGCUGACCCAGCGCUGCAGCCAGGGGCGGCACAUAAGCUCGCCGUGGGCAAGCGGCAGCUCCAAGCCGACGAAACAGCAGGGCUCAAGCUCACCCAGGAGCAGCGGCAGUUGCUGUCAGGGGUCAUCCUGGCGGGCGCUGAUGUGAGUAGUGAUGAUGGGGCCAUGACGGCGGGGGUGCGGUUUGCAGUGGAGGCGGGGGAUGAAAGGAAGGAGAGGGUGCUGGAGCAUCUGUAUGAGAUGUUUGGGGAGUGGGCUGCUGGGCCGAUUGUUGAAGAGGAGGUGAGGGUGGAGGGGAACUUGGAGGGGAGUGGAGGGAUGGGAGAGAAAUGGCGCAGUGGGGAGCAAGAGGAGGGGGGAGAGAGGGAGGAGGGGGAGGAGGGGGAGGAGGGGGAGGAGGGGGAGGAGGGGGAGGAAAUGGAGGGGUACAAGAGGAGAGCAAGAGGGGCAAGAGCAGCAAGGGGCAGAGAGCUGUCAGGUUCUCGGGCCCCUCGGCCCAAUUCCUCUGGAAAUUCAUGGAGCCUUUUGUUCUCGAGGAGAUGAAGGAGGAGUUGAAUCCGGUGAUAAGG